CGAUAAUCCGCACCAUUCGCUAAUGCUGAUUAUGCUCAUGCUCAUGCUCGCUAUGCAGCAGGAACGCUCCUCCUCCUUAUCGCAGAGUCAGAUCCGCUCUCCUUCUUCAACCAAGAGAUCCAUCUCAAUUAGCAGGGGAAGUGCCGCCUAUCCGAGGAAAAGAGCGGUUACGGCAUGUCAGGUUUGCCGUGCUCGGCGAACAAAGUGUGAUCAGAAAAAGCCUUCUUGUUCGUUUUGCGAGAGCAUCGGAGCCGUGUGCAACUCAGAUCCUGCCUCCCUAUCCACCUUUGAUCCGGCAAGCAUUGCGAUCAUCGAGCGGCUAGACAGUCUAGAACGGAAGAUCGAUUCCAUUCCCCAGCUCUCACACCUCCACCAUGAGAAUGGCAGCAGCAAAAAUGCACAUCCACAUCACAAAAAACCGCUCGGAAACUUCUUGCCAGAAAACCUGGAUGCAAUUCUGAAGUGGCCAAUUUUUCAGCCCCUGACUCUGCCUGUCACGCCAACUCCUAGUCAUUGCAGCCCAGCCCCAAUAUGUUCCACCACACAGGCAUCGGCUAUCAGCCACGAGCUCCAUCCACCAGCAUGUAAUCAGUGGCUAGAUGCCUUCUUCCGUCAUGGCCAUUGCAAGAAUCCAGUCUUGGAUGAGCAGAGUACUCGACGUUUAGUUCGCAAAGUCUGCCAGGAAGGGGUGGGCUGGGAUUCCGAAUCAUGUCUGGUACUUCUUGUUUGCGCGAAUGGUGCUCUGGCUCGUCCUUUGCUCAGCCCUUCUGUCUCCACCGAUGAUGAAUUUCAUUUGUCAACUCCUAAUGCCUUAUUCGUGGCAUCACUAAAGCGACUUGGUCCCACAUUGGGGUCUGCAGGCGUUGUACAGGCGCAGUGUCUAUUUCUCGCAGGUGUUUUUCUGAUGUCCACUCUACGGCCGUUCGACGCAUGGCGCAUGUUUCUGCAGUCGCUCGCUAUCUGUCAGAGUUUCACAUACUGUGACCAACCUGACCCCCUAAGUGACGGCGAGUCCGGGUCCACCGUGGAAGCGGAAGGAAGCAUUUAUUGGUCUGCAUGGAAGUCAGAGAGGGAGUUGAGGUGGGAGUUAGGCCUCCCUGAUUUCGGCGACGUGGGUCUUAACACACCACGAACCUUUCCGAGCUGUUCUGAAAGUUACGAAGGCGACAGUCUCCGAGCCUGGUACUUCUAUCUAUCUGAAAUCUCACUUUGGAGAUUGGAGAUAGCAGUAAAGAACGAAAUGAGAAGCCUGGUGGCCGAGACACCGGCUCAGGUGCUUGAUGCUCUAGCCGAUAUAGCUGACGAAAAAGUUCAGCAAGUCAUAGCUUGGCAAGAUUCAUUGCCACCUAGUGUGAGCAUUGCGGAACAUGAGUUACCAACAGGAGAUGACGGUGAUAUUCUUAGAUUCGUUCUCAGAGGGCGCACCACAUAUUUCCAUGAGCUGAUUUCAUGGCCGUUCGUCUUCGCGGUAGUCAACGACGAGGAAGAUGCACCAAGAGUCAGAGAGUGGGCGGCCAGAGGCUUCGCUUUCCAUCUUGAGAGAUUGAGUAUCAACCGACCAGGAUUCUACCACAGGCAUCACGGUACUUGGUUAAUGGUGCGGUCUUCUGCUCGAAGCGCAUGUAUCUUGCUUGCAGGCGCCCAGGUUUCGUCCACAUCUGAAUUAUUACCACCAAACUGGCAGGAGGCUGUCGAAGCUACUAUUUUGAUGCUCCAGUUCUGGAGUACCGAUUGCGCAGAACUAGCUAUUACUAUCGAUAUUUUGAACCGCCUUUUCUCGAAUAUUUACCAGCAACAAUGAAGACGCUCUCGAAUGUUUGCUGUAGGAAGAUGCCAUACGUAUAUUAAUAAGAAACCAUAAUGCUCGACAUGCAGGUGAAUGAAUUCUUACUGUUCUACCG